AUGCAGGAUGAGGUCGAACAGUGUGAGACGCUGAUGCUGUCGAAGUGUGCCGACGGGGCUGCCCUUCCUCCUCCUCCUCUUCAUUCUCCACCUCCUCCUCCCGCCGCUCCGGCCGGGACCUGGGACGGGAACGAGCGACAGGAGCCGCAGGAGGAGACGGCGGGCGUGGACACCAUGCUGCGUGAAGUAUCGGAGAAGCACCGCGCUCCUCUGCGAAGCCUGGGGGCCGGUUCGGGAGCCGGCCUUGGAGGGAGCCCGUGUGGAAGCCCCACAGCCGAGCGCCCGCGGCUGGCCCCGAGCCUGCACGGCGCCUUCCGCGGGCUGCGUACGGUCCGCGCCGCUCCGCGCUCCGGCGGCGAGGAGCUGGAGGGACCCGGCAGCCUGCGGGCUGCGCUGGGGGAGGCGGGUAGCAUCCGCACCCUGGCCUUCCCGCAAGGCAGCGCCUUCACAGUCCGCACGGCCGCCGGCGGGUACCGCUUCCGCUGGGGCGGGGCCGAGGGGCUGCGCCAGAGGGAAGCUCUAGAAGAGGCGGUGCCUCUCCCCCGCCAGCACCCCGGUCCGCCGGCCCCCGACCGGUCUUUGCUGGGCCGUGUGUGGGCAUCAGUUUGCGGGUUGAGUCUUACAGAUGAUAAAGUCUUACACAUCAUCAAAGAACUGAUAAAAACAGAGAAUGGUAACUAA